AUGAGCCGAACCCUGACCACCCAGACCCGGCCGGGCCCCGGGGGCCCCUACAGAGCCGGCCGGACCUAUGACUUCCUCUACGAUCCGCUGUACACGGUGUCCAGCGAGAAGGACCAUGUGCAGACCGCAUACAGGACACACGUGUCAUAUGACAGAGUGCAAAGAGUUCCAGAAUAUCCCACAAUGUUCAGUGAACUGGUCCACCAUCCCCGCCACACUUUGCGCCUGCAACUUAAAGACCCUGUCCCGCCGUUUAUCGAUCGCCAGUGGCGAGGAAGAGGAGAGCAAAGGAUGCUGGCUCUCAAGCAGCUGGCAGGGUCUCAGCCUUCGUUCUCAACUCCCCUGCAACAGGCAGACCACGAAGACGUAUCUGGACGCAACCGCUACAAAUAUUUUGAGAGGCCUCUGAUCCCGUUCUCCCAGCAAGUCCCAACCAAUGUCCUCCUCGCUGGGUCCUGGAGAGAGCGCAGCCCGCGUCCGGAGAGAGUCCCCACCCCAUUGGUGCGCACCGUGGGGAUUCAGACCGAUUAUCGUGACAGCGAAGCACAGACUGACCCCUACAGUCCGGAGUUUGUAGUGCAGCCGGGAUCUGUGUUCCAGAGAUACUGAUGCUGGCCAAUCUUACCUGGGGCCGUGGUCUCCCUGCUGGGCUGGCAGAAGUGGAGAUGAUAGAGCGGGCGAGAGAGAAGAGAGCCUGGGAGGCCACACUGCCCCCUUUGAGUGAUGUGACCCAGCUGGAGAAGAGGAGGAAGAUGAUGGACGAUCAGGAGAGGAAGGAGUGGGCCUUCCGGGAGCAGGAGAUAGAGAAGUUGCAGGAGGCGCGUCUUGAGGUGCUGAAGAAGCUUCUCCAACAACGGAAGGAGAUUCGGCAUGAUCUGGACACAAAGCGGCUGGAUGGAAGGUGGUCCAAACUACAAACCGACAAAGAAGAGAGAAUUCGGCAGAUCCGGAAGGAACACAUCGAAGCCAUCAGGAAACUAACGAAGAAGACGGAAAAUGUUGAAGGAACGUUGGAAAGGCGUGACAUCCUCCAGGACUACUCCAACUACGCCUCUCAGACCUACGCACCCCUCUCCGGGAUGGGUACUCCCUGGAUCGCCUCUCCGCUCAAUACGCAGUGAGAAGCCCUUACCUGGACUCCUACCAAGGUUUGCUGGACCUGGAGGCCAAUCUUCCAGAUUUUGUCACCCAGCCUCGCAUCCGCGCCCCCAAACCCAGGACCACCACCAGGGAUGGCUUCUUGAAACGCGACGCUUUGCUGGACCGCGAGCUGAAGCAAGUCCACGAGGCCUUGCUGAAAAAGAAGAGUCACUCUCCGCAGCCUGAGAAGCCGCUCCGCUUCCCUGCAGAAGAUCGAGAAGCCAGCUCCCCGGCCCGCCACCCCCAGAGUCCCGGAACCUCCGGAGGGUGAGGAGCAGAAGGAGCUGGCUGUCAUCUUCAUACAGAAAUUAAUCCGGGGACGGGCGACACAGAACAUGGUAGGGUGUCACUCCUCAGUCAGCCUCCUAUAG